CAAUGAACGUCACCAGUUUCGGCUCAGAGAGGGAGACAGUCGCUACAUUAUCAGUAUUUUCCCAUUUCCUGCCGUAGUAAUUCCCUCAGGUGUCAGAUUCGUAAUGGAGAACAAACGGGAAGACUCACUGUUUUUAAAAUACGCCAAGGUUGUGAUGGUGGUGGCCCUGUAUUGGGUAGUAUCAAUCUCCAUGGUUUUCGUCAACAAGACCCUGCUGGGGGGCGCAGUGGGGGGCAAGACAGACGCACCCCUGUUUGUCACCUGGUUCCAGUGUGUUGUAACAGCUCUAGCCUGCUUCGGUGCCUCUAAGCUGACCAGACUGGCACCUCACCUCCUCUCUUUCCCCGAGCUUGGCCAGAUGGAGGGCAGCGUUGUUCGGAAGGUGCUGCCACUGUCGGUCAUCUUCGUGGGCAUGAUAUCGACCAACAACCUUUGCCUGAAGUACCUUGGGGUCGCGUUCUACUACGUCGGCCGUUCGCUCACCACUGUCUUCAAUGUUGUCUUCACCUUUUUUAUCUUAGGCCAACGGACCUCCAUGCCAGCGCUGGUGUCGUGUGCCGUCAUCGUGGGCGGCUUCUGGCUCGGCGUGGACCAGGAGAGCGUGUCAGGGUCGCUGUCGGUAAUGGGGGUUGUGUUUGGAGUUCUGGCGUCUAUAUUUGUGUCACUCAAUGCAAUAUUUACUAAGAAGAUUCUGCCAGCCUUGGAUGGAUCUGUGUGGAAAUUGUCUUAUUACAACAAUGUUCUGGCGUCUAUACUUUUCCUACCACUUAUGGCUGUGACGGGGGAGGGGCCAGCCAUUUACUCCCUCUUGACGGGGGCCACCACCACCACCACCACCGCCAGCACCACCACCACCACCACCUUUUGGGGGAUGAUGGUUCUCGGAGGACUUUUCGGCUUUGCAAUUGGAUAUGUGACUGGCCUACAGAUUCAGGUGACCUCCCCGCUGACCCACAACAUCAGCGGCACAGCGAAGGCAUGUACACAGACUGUCCUGGCGAUGUGGUGGUACCAGGAGGUGAAGACAGUGCUGUGGUGGUGCAGUAACUGGGUGGUGUUGGCAGGGUCCCUUGCCUACACCAGGGUGAAGCAACAGGAGAUGAAAAGGCAUCAUAGGAUUGCCCUGAAGGAGGCUGCGAGAGAUAAGGAAGAGAGUGAGCGACUGUCAAAGGGAGAGGAGGCAGCAACUUAAAGAAAACUCUCUCUCUCUCUCUCUCUCUCUCUCUCUCUCUCUCUCUCUCUCUCUCUCUCUCUCUCUCUCUCUCUCUCUCUCUCUCUCUCUCUCUCUCUCUCUCUCUCUCUCUCUAUCUCACUACGGUUGUGUAUUUUAUAUAUUUUUUAAUUAACACCCAUAAAAUAAUAAUAAUAAUAAUAAUAAUAGUAAUAAUAAUAAUAAUAAUAACAACAAAUUUUCUAUCUAUAUUUUCAAAAACUAACACUUUUUUUACAACAUUCAAUAUUUUAUGUAUAAAUUAAAUGAAGAUUGAUUAAAAUUUUUCC